GGUACAGCUGGCACAGCCUGAUUGUUCUGUCUCACGGAGACCAUGGAGCGGACGCGAGGGGCCGGGGUCUAGAAGGGCAGAUCUUGUGUCACCAGCCGGCUCAGCUGUGUCACCUGCCCGGGGAUGAGACCUGCGUAAUGCUGUCAGCUGAGAGAAACGUGGGCUCGUGCUUUCCUUGACCUUUCUUCACCUUGGAGAAGUGCAGAAUGGAUCGUGGUUGGUAACUCCCCACCUCCUCGGCCUCGGGACAGUGAGGAAAGUUCAGCAGUGCUUGUGGUGGGAGCAGGGAGCUGGGCUGGUCUGCAGCAGGCUUACACAUUAAACCGUCGUAUCAAACGCGCGCCGCGCUCUGACAAGAAAUGUAACCCGAGGAGAAAGGACACCAGUGUGUUUGAGCACGCUGAGGGAUUCUUGUAUGACUUGUUACUCUUUCAGUGCUGUAGCCUGAGCAGGUCUUACUGGUUUUUACCGAAGCGGUGGGAGCUGAAUGGGGUGUGGGCUCGUUUCUAUUCAUCCACAAGCAUCUCUACAAUCUUCUCUUCUCUUUUUUAAUUUCCCCCUGGAUAUAAAUCAGAGAAAUUGUGUCCAUCGAGUUUGCUGCCACCUGGGCUCAACCCAGCUGAACCAAUUUUGGAGGAUACCCUUGCUGCAAUCAUCUGGACGUGCUCCUAGGAGGAGAAGAAACUAAAGGAAUUUGGCAUCGUUGCUGUAGUUUGAGGAAAAACAUUCCUUCUGACUUUGGAGAGAGCUACAAAGAGGAUCUGUGUCAUGUCCUGAUCUCCCUUCAUUUUCCUGCUGAGCAUGGGGUAGCAGUGUGUGACCAUGGUGGUCACCCAGUUACAGCUGGAACUGUGCUUCCAUGGCAAGAAGCUGAGAGGUUUCACCUGCAAGUUGACCAGGUCAGCCAGUGGAUUUCUCCCAGAGACUUCGUUCUCCAUUGCCUCCCAGAUUUUUGUGCCGUUCCUUCUGGCUGGCUUGGGAAUGGUAGCUGCUGGCCUCUUGAUGGAUGUUGUUCAACACUGGGAUGUGUUCCGGACAAUUACAGAAGUGUUCAUCCUGGUUCCUGCCUUGGUUGGCCUGAAGGGUAAUCUGGAGAUGACACUGGCAUCCAGGCUCUCCACUGCUGCUAACACUGGACAGAUGGAUGAUGCCCAGAAGCAAUGGAAAAUGGCCACCUGCAAUUUAGCCCUUAUCCAGGUCCAGGCCACUGUGGUGGGACUCCUGGCUGCUGUUGCUGCUGUGAUCCUGGGAGCCAUCUCCAAGGGCUCUGUGGAGCUGAGCCAGGCUGCUGUGCUGUGUGCCAGCAGCGUGACCACGGCCUUCAUAGCUGCGCUUUCCCUUGGUCUGGUGAUGAUUGGUGUGAUCAUUGGAGCAAGGAAAAUUGGGAUCAAUCCAGACAAUGUCGCCACACCCAUAGCAGCGAGCCUGGGAGAUUUGAUAACCCUUUCCCUCCUCGCAGGAAUCAGCAGCACACUCUUCAAAUACAUAGAUGUGAAGUACCUUUCUCCUCUGAUCUGUGCUGUAUUCAUUGUCAUGAUCCCUCUCUGGGUUGCUAUUGCCAAGCAAAGUCCUUCCCUGGCCGAAGUCCUGAAGUCUGGGUGGCAGCCGGUUAUUGUUGCCAUGAGCAUCAGCAGCAUUGGUGGGCUCAUCCUGGACAAAACUGUAACUGACCCAAACUUUGAAGGCAUGGCAGUUUUCACACCUGUGAUUAAUGGUGUUGGAGGGAAUCUGGUUGCCAUCCAAGCUAGCCGAAUUUCUACAUUCCUUCAUUUCUGGAGCAUGCCUGGGGUUUUGCCAUACAAGAUGAGGCAGAAUUGGCCCAACCCAUGCACUACAUUCUUCUCAUCAGGGGUGAAUUCCAAGUCCGCCCGGGUCCUGUUCCUCCUGGUUAUCCCAGGGCACCUCGUGUUCCUCUACACCAUCCAUCUGCUGCAGGGAGGCCACACAUCCCUGUCCUUCACCUUUGUGAUGUUCUAUCUGGCUGCUGCUUUGCUGCAGGUGGGGAUCCUGCUCUACGUGGCCGACCUGAUUGUGCGCCUGAUGUGGAGGAAGGCUCUGGACCCAGAUAAUUUCUCCAUCCCCUACCUCACUGCCCUGGGUGAUCUCCUGGGCACUGGAUUCCUGGCCAUCUGUUUCCGCCUGGUUUGGCUCAUCCACGGCACAGAUAUGAACCUGGGCAACUGAGAGUCCCCGUGCUGCUCUCAUCCCUCGUGUGACACGGUGCUCCCCUCCGGGACACCGGGGCACCUGGCACUCGGUGCUGGCUCACCUGGCUGGGCUGGGCCUCCCCUGCCACCCCGACACCCCCCCUGCCCUCCCCAUCGUGCCUUACAGCUGGGCCUGCCCGCCCCGAGGAGUCAGCACCCACAAACUCUGCCCUUGCAAGUGAGCAAAGCGGAUUUUAGGUGUGAGCACCCGCUGCUCAAGCCUGCACCUGGCAAACAAGGCAACAAGGAGCAUUUGGGCCACUGGGAGGGAGGGAAGGAAGGAGGGAAGGAAGGAAGGAAGGAAGGAAGGAAGG